CCCAAUUCCAUCGGAAAGGCGCGGCAGAGUGUUGUACUGACCAGCAAUUGGUACAUUCUCGAUCUCAGCUCCCCCAUAGUUGGGCCAGGGGGAGAGGCUACGCUACUGCCAAUCAGACGUCAGAUAGAAGAGGCAGAGAGAAAGGCACACCUGGCUAUACAGCCCAGGAUAAAAUAA